ACGUGCAGAGACAGGCAGAUGCCGACAUCAAUCUUGUUGAUGCCAGAGUAGCUUUUGAUAAUCAAAAAUUGGCUCCCACUGGACUGGCUGCCACAGAAACUUAGAUCAUGGGGUCCAGUACUUUGCAAUCUGUAGGAAAUGUAGCAUUGAAAGCUGCUUUUCUUCUAUCCAUGUUUGUGGAAAGCUGCAAUGGUGGGAAUAUUUUAGUCUUCCCCGUGGAUGGCAGCCACUGGAUCAACAUGAAAAUUCUCAUGGAGGACCUGCACGCCAGGGGUCACAGCAUGACCCUUAUCCGUCCGUCCACGAGCUGGUACAUUCCGGAGACAUCUCCCCUCUUCACCAUCAUCAACGUCCCGGACGAGAUCAAAUUUGACGAUUUUUUUGAUGUCUAUUUAAAGAAGCAAAUAGAAUUUCUGAAGGGGAAGGAGUCUGUGCUGAAAUUCCUCAGCAUUCAGUUGGAGUUCUUUGAUAUGCUGUCAUAUUACCACCGCCUCACUUGCGCCUUGCUUUCACGAAUGUUCGAUGACAGAGAGCUUAUUCAACGACUGCAAAAUGAAAAGUUUGACCUCGUCCUCACUGAUCCGGCCAUCUCUGGAGGGGUUAUGUUAGCCCACUACCUUAAGCUUCCCCUUGUACUGAACGCCCGCUGGAUUUGUAGUGGUGAGGGUCAUUUCGCCAUUGCUCCCUCACCUCUGUCUUAUAUCCCCGUUACAGGAUCUGGCUAUUCCGAUAACAUGACUUUUUUUCAAAGGGUGAAGAAUGUCUUUUUUUAUAGCACAAUGCUCUUUCAGAACUAUUUUGUGGUGGGGCCACAUUAUAAAGAUCUAUGCAAAAAGCAUUUUGAUGAAAACUGCAAUGUUCUUACCUACACUCAGGAGGCCGACAUCUGGCUUAUGAGGCUGGACUUUGUCUUUGACUUUCCCCGACCCACCAUGCCUAAUGUGGUCUACAUGGGGGGGUUCCAGUGUAAGCCAUCCAAACCCCUCCCAGAUGACCUGGAGGCUUUCGUUCAGAGCGCAGGUGAACAUGGGAUUGUUAUCAUGUCAAUGGGAACUUUGGUCAAAGGGCUCCCCAGUGAGAUAGCUGACGAGAUAGCAGCUGCAUUCGCAAAACUGCCGCAGAAGGUCAUCUGGAGGCAUCUAGGCGAAAGGCCAUCGACGCUGGGCAACAACACCAUGCUGGUGCAGUGGAUGCCCCAGAAUGACCUCCUGGGCCACCCCCAGAUAAAGGCCUUCGUCGCCCAUGGGGGCACGAACGGAGUUCAGGAGGCCAUCUACCACGGGGUGCCUGUCCUCGGCAUCCCGCUGUUUUUCGACCAGUUCGACAACCUGCUGCGCGUGAGGGAGAGGGGCGGCGGGCUGAUCCUGGACCUGUCCGAACUGAACCAGCACACCUUCCACACAAGCUUGCAGGAGAUCACGCAGAACCCCAGCUACAGGGAGAACAUGCAGAGGCUGUCUCGGCUCCACAGGGACCAGCCCAUGAGCCCGCUGGACCAGGCAGGGUUCUGGAUCGAGUUCGUCAUGAGGAACAAGGGAGCCGCUCAUCUACGCACUGACUCCUACAAGAUGCCCUGGUACACCUACCACUCACUAGAUGUCAUUCUGACGCUGCUGUCUUUGGUUGGGCUCCUUUUGUUGACUACUGUAGCAGCUUUUAGAUAUACGUGUUGCAGAAUGUGCUGCAGAAAGAAAGUAAAGCACGAGUGACCUGAUUGAAAUGGAUUAAAUUUGUUGCCACAUCAAAUUGUGAUCGACUAUUGAAAUGAUUGGGGACGGAACUUACUCCCUCUCUCCGGCUCUAUAUACCAACUCCUCUGCUUUGAUCGUGCUCCAGAUUAUGAUCAUACCAGCCCAAGAGUUGCCAACAACAACAACAGCAUAUACACUGAAAAAAAAAGUUCCUUAAAUUUACAUGAUUUUAAUGUGUACAUCGGUCCCACAUGAUCAGAAUGUGUCCAACUGACACAAUUUUUACACUUUUGUUCUAGUUAAUCGUUUCUUGUAAAACCUACACAUUGAAAUCACAUCGUAUUACAUAAAAAAAUCAUGUUGAAUGAAGAUAAUACCUUCAUAUUUAUGUAAUACCAAUGUAUUGUGUAAUGCUAAAGUAAUUUUAUCAUGUCAAUAGUAAUAGAUUGUAAAAGGUACUUCUAACUUCAUUUAUUAAUGCUAAAAAAAUAAACUCUUAAAGUUGUAUGUCCCUAUAGUACCAGAACAGUGUCUUUUAACUGUUUUUUUUUUUCUAGAAUUGCAGACAUCUGUUAUACAUCUUUUUACUGAAAAGAGUCAAGUCAGUUUAGUAGUCAAUUUUUAUUGAAAGCAACAUGAAAUACACAGUAUUGUUUUUUAUCCAGCAAUUGACAAAUGGAAAAAAGUGCAGCAAACAUCACAGGGAGAGGAGGGAGAGGAGAAAGAUAGAGGAGUGAAAGAGGAAGAGGAGUGAGAGAA